AUGAUGAUCGCAACCGCGGCGCUGCCGGCCGCGUCCCGUUCGGUGGCGGCGCUCCUCGCGGGCGAAGGCGGGGUCCCCGCAGACGAGCUGCGGCGGCUGGAGCGGAAGCUCGACAGGGCGCGGGGCCUGGCAGCGGACGCCGAGGCGAAGGAGGGCCGCGACGCCGGCGCCAGGGCGUGGCUGCGCGAUCUGCGGGACGCGCUCUACGUGCUCGGAGACUCUGUCGACGACUUCCGCCGCGCCGCCGCCCGGCGCCACCAGCAGGGCCGGAGAUCGUUACGCCAUUGGUUUACAUUACCAUCAAACAUGGACAGAAACCAGUACAAGACUUUCAAAACCAGUAUCAGUAGCCUCAAUAAACAAAUGGAUGGUAUUCUACAGAAAGGUUCCGAAUUGGGACUUCAAGCAAUCAACCAGGAAGGCCAGGGUGGGAGCUCUGAAUUUUCUUGUGGGGUGGUGCUCGAUGAUGAUACUCUGGGUGACAUUGAAAAUGUGAAAAAUAAAUUGAUUGACGUAUUGACAGAGAGGAAGAGUCCAAACAAAGUCAUGAUAAUUGUUGGGGAUAGUGGAAUCGGAAAAACUACACUGGCAAGGAAAAUUCAUGACGAUCAUCGCACCAGAAAUGCAUUCACUAUUGUUGUAUGGGUGAGUGUUUUCAACGACUUGGAUGGUAUUGGAUUACUCUCUGCGAUUGUGAAGGCUGCUGGUGGAAAUCCCAGUGGAGAAGAAAAUAGGGUACAACUUGAGGCCAUGUUGGCAGCCAUUCUUAAAGGAAAGAGAUUCUUUAUGGUGCUUGAUGAUGUCCGCAGCCAUCAAAUUUAUGAGAAUUCCCUAGAUGCUCACUUGCAUGUCUGUGGUCAUGGAAGCCGGAUUUUGAUCACCACUCGUGAUGAGAGUAUUUCGACACAGAUGAAGGAUGCUUACAUCUACUGGGUUAAGAAAUUGACUUUUCAGGAUUGUUGGUCCUUGCUUUGCCGGGCUUCUUGUCUAGAUGAGAGCCUACAUGGCGACAUUUUAAGGAAUAUCGGAAUAGCGAUUAUCCAAAAAUGUAACAAGCUUCCAAUGGCUGUCAAGAUUAUAGGGUCUGUCCUAAGAACAAAAGAACCGACCCGUGAGGCCUGGCAGAGAGUGUAUGAAAGCGAAGGAUGGUCCUUCAGGGAGCUUCGAGACCAUGUCCAUGGCUUAACUGGGGCCAUCUAUUUGGGCUACCAUGAUUUGCCCUUGCAUCUGAAGCAAUGCUUUAUUUAUUUAUCACUGUUCCCUGAAGGCUUUGUCAUCAGGCAGCAGUUUGUCAGUCAACUGUGGAUUUCGGAGGGUUUAAAUGAUGAAAGAGACAACUGUAGUCCUGAAAAGACUGCAGAGGAGUAUUACAGAGAGUUGUUAUCAAGGAACCUUCUGCAGCCUGAAAUUGGGAAUGAUGACAUAACAAGAUGCACAAUGCAUGAUCAAAUUAGAUCCUUUUUGCAGUUCUUUGUCAAUGAUAAAAAUUUUACUGGCGAACUGAAGACUAGCAUCAAUGGAAAUUCCAGCGAAGGACUGCGACAUGUGUGGAUUAGAAGCAACCUACUAAGAACUACUGUGGAAGACAUAGGAGCAGUGGAAAGCUUGAAGACAGUUAUUCUAUACAAAAACCCAUUGGGGAAUCGCAGCUUAGACAAGCUGUUUAAGGGGCUCAAAUAUUUGCAGGUGUUGGACCUUGGUGGUACUGAAAUUAAGUAUAUUCCAAGGACAUUAGAAUCUCUAUAUCACCUUAGACUGCUAAAUCUUUCACUAACACGAAUUACAGAGCUUCCAGAGUCCAUCGAGUGCCUAACAAAUCUACAGUUCUUGGGUCUUCGAUACUGCAAUUGGCUACAUAAUCUUCCAAAUGGAAUUGGUAAACUGCAAUAUUUGCGAUAUCUUGAUCUUCGAGGAACCAACUUGUAUCAGGUCCUACCAAGUUUGGUAAAUCUGAAGCAGCUCUCCACGCUACAUGGCUUCGUAGUAAACCGUAAAUCCAAGCGUGAGGAUGAUCCAACUGGGUGGCCUUUGGAAGACCUAAAAUCUCUAGAUGCAUUGAGAAGCCUGCAGAUUCUGAGGUUGGAAAGAGUCUCAGAUCCUUUGAGGGUGCAAGAAGCCAUGCUGGAGAAGAAGUCACACCUCAAGGAACUUGAACUAUGUUGUAGCAAUGAUGAUAGACAGUCUGAAGUACAACAAGAAGAUGCUAAAACACUUAAGGACGUAUUUGAUUGCCUUUCUCCUCCACACUGCUUGAAAUCUCUCAAAAUAGUGAGCUAUUAUGGAAAAGUUUUCCCUGAUUGGCUACCUAAUCUCUCAAACCUCCAGCGCCUUGUUCUUACUGAUUGCAAAUUCUGUGAGCAUCUUCCCAACCUGGGCCAGCUAACCGAACUCAAGUUCCUGACUAUAACAGCCUGUUCCAAGUUAGUUACCAUUAAGCAAGAGCAAACAGGAUUUUCAUCUGCUGAUAUGCCUUCCCUUGUGAAAUUCCGUCUGGAGAAUUGUCCUAAGCUGUGUAACCUGCCAUCUGGAAUCAAGAACUCGAAAGUCUUGACAAGCAUGCAACUGCACCAUAUUGAUAGCCUGCAAAUCAUUGAGGACUUGCCUGUGCUCAAAGAAUUGGUUAUCCAAGCCUGCAAUGAACUUAAAAAAAUCUCAAAUAUUCCAUUACUUGAAGUUCUGAUAGUCCUUGGUUGCUCUCGGUUGAAGGAUGUCACUGAAGUCCACCUUAGUCAUGUCCGCAUUGUAGAUAGAGAGAUAAGAGAACUUCCAGAUUGGGUUGCUACUAAUGCAUCCAAGCUGCAGACAUUCACUAUAGUUGGCAGAGCAGAAUUGCUUGAAAGAUUACUUCCCAAUCAUGAAGACUGGGAAAUCAUCCGUCACAUAAGCAAAGUUUAUGCAAACCUACCUGAUGAAUCUCCAUUCUUCACCUACACAAAAAGCUCUGCUGAUUUCCAUGUCGAUCAAAGAAUCGGUGAACGAGGAAACCCAUCUGCCCUGUUAGCAGCUGAGAUUCCACACGAAGCGCUGAACAUUUCACUUGAUAAUUCUGUUGUGAGAACCUCUCGAGUUGGUGUGCCCAGAGUACCACUCAGACGGAUUUCCACGCUGAAGAGGGCCAUAAGACACUACCUCGUUCCGUAUCUUAUUAUGGCUGCCAUUCUUAUGCAAGUUCUGUCCUAUUUGCUGCAGAAUAGGACAAGCAGAGAGAUUCGGCUUGUUCAGACCCUCUUCAUUUUCUUCACAACAGUGUUCUUGCUGUUGCUUGUAUUUCUUGAGUGA